AUGUCCACGCUUUCCGAGCAUCGGCGGCCGCGUCUGUUGCCGCAGAAUCGCAAGCUCCGUCACCUCAAGGGCCUCUCGCUGCGGAAUCUCUCGUUUGCGCCCGUGCAGCUGCGGACGGCCGACGAUGCCGCCCUCCACCUCAACCAGCGCCCCAACACGCUGGGCGCGCUGAUGCAGUCGGGCCACCUCCACGGCUCGCGAUCCUCCGACAACCUGCGCCAGGACGCGCGGGCGGCCGACCUGGCCAGUAGAGCGCAGCCGCCGCGCAGGACCAGCCUCAGCACCGCCAGCACGAGCCCGGCGCAGCGGCAGAGGCGCCUGAAGCAGCUUCUCGACGACACCCUGGGAGACGUCUUCUUCUCGCUGCACGUCGCCGGCGUCGACGAGCCCGUCUACGUCAGCGAAGUGCGCGAGAGAUCGGCGAACUUCAACUUCCAAUUCUUUGAUCUCGCGGCGCGGGGGUCCUAUAUCUCUCGAGCAUGCCGCAUCGUCAUCCGAGUAUGGGCCAGGCAGCUGAAGCAGACCACAUGGACCUUUCUGUUAGAGGAGCUGGUUGAUCUCAGGGAACUCAGGUUCAUCGGCACGCUGCUGGACCGCCGGUAUCCCCCGAAUGCGCUCAUUUUCCACCUCGAGGACGGCGUAUACUCUUUCGACUUUCCAAAGAGGGAGUCCGAGCCGAGAAAUGCUGCGCCCAUUGCAACGUCCUCUUAUAAUGCGCUUAUGAAGCUGGCCAACCUCGAGAGCUCCAUCGAAGACGCCAUUCAGACGCAGCACCGGAUCACAGAGCAAAUCAACAACAUCCUUGCCAGCUGUACGACCGAUGCACCAGACUUGGCCGAGCAGGAGGCUGCUUUGGCUCAGAAGUACGUUGCCAUGCAACAGCAUAGAAAUCGAGUUGCGCAGGCGAGGAGGGACGAACUGCGGGAGUCGCUGCGUGAGCGCAGUGCUGCCAUUGCCAGGGGCAGAGAGCUCCAGGAGAAGGUGGACGAAGACAUUAGGAACAACCGUGAAUCGCUCGAGGCCUCCAAGCAGCUGCUGGAGCAGACGCAGCAGCAAAUCCGCGGUCAGCGCCGCCGCAUCUGCUCCGAACUGGCCGACAUUUUCCCCAUUACGCCAAUACCCAACGCGCCGCCGCUUUCCUUCCAGAUCUGCAACGUGCCGCUUCCGAAUUCGACCUACGACGCUGCCACCGCCAGGGCUAUCAACGAAGACGUUCUAUCAGCUGGGCUGGGACUUGUUACGCUGCUUACACGCCACUUACAGCUAUAUCUCUCACAUGCGCUGCCUUAUCCGCUCUAUCACUUUGGCUCUCGCUCCUAUGCAAAAGACGAAAUCUCUCUCCUCUCGGACAAGGGUGGCUCACGCCGAGAGUUCCCGCUCUAUCUGCCCAGGGGAGGAUCAACCGCUCUACAGUGGCGCUUCGAAUACGCCUGGUUCCUCCUCAACAAGGACAUUGAAUCUCUCUGCACCUCCCAGGGCCUCAAGGUCGUUGAUAUUCGACAUACGCUCCCGAACCUCAAGUAUCUCCUGUACGUCUGCAGCGCUGGCACGGAAGAGGUUCCGGCGCGGAAAAGGGGCGGCGUCCGGGGCCUGUGGGCGAGCAGGCUCAAGGGAAGGAUCUCGGGCGUGCCGUCGCUGGCGGAUGGCGAGAGCAGCAGUGCUGCGGGCAGCAGGCGUGGGAGCACGGAUAGUGAACUGGCAGGCCAACAUGGUGAUGUGCUGCGGCAUGCCAUUGCCAAGGGUACCAAUGGACAUGGAAGCCUCAACAGCAACGGCAACGGCAAUGGGGAUCAUACCAGUCAUGGCUCAGAGGGGGACGUGGUUGAUGGGGCUUGGAGUCCGAACGGAGACUUGGCCCUGCCGUUUGGUGAUGCGAAGUUUACGUUGAGGACGAAGGGCCUCAGAGAGAACAUUUCGGGGUGA